AUGACAUUGAGGCUUUUAGCACAAUCUAUAUUGCGACCACUCUCUUUUACAAAGUUUAAUACGUCUUGCAUCUUCUUCCAGAGCCCUAAAUUUCUUUCAAGCUGCUGUUCUUAUGAUUUAACACCACGUUUGCCUUCGCCUAUGAAAAUUCCUACUCGGCAGAGUACGAUAUUCACAUCUCUUCCAAGCGAUAUAAUAUGGGAAGGUGUUACUGGCCCUAAGGGAAGCACUAAAAAGCGGGCUCGUGGCAAACGUAGGGUCACUCGGCCCAAAAUAGAUUUAAACCGUGGUCAGCGGAUCGGUGAAAAUCCAGAGGGCUAUCUUUGGCCCGGUCUAAAUGCCCCCCUUUAUGAUCAGUCGGUCAUGCGAACUAUUCAAAAGGGCGAUGUCAACGAGGCUUAUCUAAAGCGCUUAGACGAGUUGCGUAACAAAUCUGCGGUGAAAAAGAAACGGGUAAAACUGCCUCCUCUACUUCGGGGAUGGACGGGUGCUUCUAUGGGUGGACAAUCCUUGGGCCCCCUUGAGGGCGGUUCUCCCGACUUUGAUACACGUGUUCUUGAAUUCAAGGUUAGUAGUUUUCCUUAA